UCAAUUCUUUCGACGCAAUUCAUGUUCGCUAGCCACAAUUGAAAUGCGUUAAAACAAUUCGAAGCUUCCUAAAAAACCAAGCGUGUGAUUGAAUUAAUGAAAAGGAAAACAGAAAGCAUAAAAGUCUUCUGUCGUUAAGAACAAAUGAAGGCAUUCGAGUUUCCGUCAUUGCAGAGAGAGUGUUUAUUUACAGGGCUUAUCACAGUGAGGACGUUGCAGCAACAGUAAUCAAUUUCUUACGGAGUACCAACGUGAAGCUGCGUCUCGAUACCCCUCAUAGUUUGGUGUAUUAUUAAGUCACUGUAAAAGACAGAGAAACGUACUUCAAAUCGCACAAUAAUUGUUUUGCUGUUUCAGUUGUAAGGUUAGCAAAAAAAACAAAAAAACAAUUAAAUCUCCUGCAGAGAUGCGCUUUCGUUCUGGAAAAUUUCAACGGAAGAUCUAAAAAGCAAGAUGAAAGAUUUAACGGUAUUGUUAACUUUUGUUUUAUUCGCGUUUCAAAGCAAAGCCGUAUUAUUGAACGAUGGAUGGAUCGGAUAUAUUGGAAAUCAAACUGAAAGUGAAAUUAGGUCGAAGAAGCCAAGUAGUUACAUCUUUUCCGUCGAAGGUGCCGGGUGGAAUUUACACGGACCUGUAUAAUGCAAAUUUAAUAGCAGCCAAUCUCGUUGGAGACAAUGACAUUAAGCAUCGCUGGUUGAGUAACGAGACCUUCAGCUACAUAAGACAUUUUCAAGUGAAUUCAACUUCAUGGAAGCCGACUGGCAGAGCCAUACUGAUUUUCCAUGGACUGGAUACAUUUACCACGAUUUUUCUGAACGGCCAGCAAAUAGGAAAGACGUCAAACAUGUAUUUAAAAUAUAGUUUUGACGUAAAACAUCAACUACUGGAUGGAACAAACGAAUUAAAGAUCAUAUUUGCCUCAGCAGUAAAAGCUGCUGAAGAACUUUAUAAUAAGCAAGCAAUGAAUUACAUCGUUCCUCCGACGUGUGUCCCCAAUACGUAUCACGGAGAGUGUCACGUUAACCAUAUUCGGAAGAUGCAAGCCAGUUUUGGAUGGGAUUGGGGUCCUGCAUUUCCAUCAAUGGGAAUUUGGAAAGACGUAGAACUUAUAACUGUUGAGAAUGUACUUAUGUCUGAUGUCACCGUAGACAUUGGUAAGUCUGAUGCAGUCUGGGAGGUUGAGGUAACCAUAUUUUUUCAAUUGUUAUCGAGCGAUCUGAAUAAAUGGAUUAAAUGCGAUUUACGAGCAGAAUUAAAAAUCAGUGAGUUAGCGAUCAUCUCUAACUCUAAAGUCACGGUCUUAGAUACGAACGCUACUAAUUGUUCCAUAGUACUCCGCGUUCCUAAAGAAGCAGUGCAUCUAUGGUGGCCAAAUGGCUAUGGAGAACAGAGGCUGUACAACUUGAAGGUACAAUCCCUGAUCGGACAAGAGAGCACAGAAAAAAAUAUACGAAUUGGUUUUCGCACAGUUGAAUUGGUGCAAGAACCUUUGGAGAAGGGUCUAAGCUUCUACUUUCGGUUGAACGAAGUGCCAAUAUUUGCAAAGGGCAGUAAUUGGAUUCCAGCUAGUAUUUUUCCUGAAGAAACAGCAAACGAGGAAACAGUGAGGGACUUGUUGUUUUCUGCUCGGGAAGCGCAUAUGAACAUGCUCCGCGUUUGGGGUGGUGGAGUAUACGAAUCUGACUUUUUCUACAAUUUGGCCGACGAGUACGGAAUUAUGAUCUGGCAGGAUUUCAUGUUUGCUUGUUCAAUGUAUCCCGCGGGCGAAUCGUUCCUCGAAUCCGUAAAGGCGGAAGUCGAACAGAAUGUCAAGAGAUUAAAAAAUCAUCCGAGCAUUGUAUUGUGGGCCGGAAAUAAUGAAAACGAGGCUGCGCUCUACGGUAACUGGUACGGAACUGGAUCGACCUCAAUCUACCAGGAAGAUUAUAUAAGGCUUUAUGUAAAUGUUAUUAAGGCGGAAGUAAACCGAAUUGAUCCAGCAAGACCUUUUGUCGUGUCUAGCCCAAGCGACGGGCUAUUCACAGAGGAAAAUAAUUACGUUGGACCGAAUCCUUACUCUAAUCUGUACGGAGAUGUUCACUAUUACAAUUACUUGAAAAAUGGAUGGGACAUAAAUCAUUAUCCGCAUACCCGAUUUGCGUCCGAAUAUGGCUUUCAGUCUCUUCCGUCAGUCUUCACUUUGGCACCUGUCAUCAAGAAUGAAACCGAUUUGCGAAUUGACAGCGACUUUAUGCUUCAUCGACAACAUCUUCCAGCAGGAUAUAACUACAUGAAGAAUCUCAUAUCCAUGAACUUUCGAGUUUCGCUGAAGAAUACUUAUCAAGAUUUUCUAAUUUUUAUCUACCUUAGCCAAGUGAAUCAAGCAGUUUCAAUGAGAAUAGAAACUGAAUCUUACCGUCAAACUAAAUCCGGUUUUAAUGCCAAUGGUGAAGGACUGACAAUGGGAGCUCUUUAUUGGCAGUUAAACGAUGUCUGGCAAGCGCCAUCUUGGUCAUCUAUAGAGUUCGGAGGACGCUGGAAAAUGCUUCAUUAUUACGUCAAGGAUUGUUUCGCCCCCGUUAUCGUUACACCGCAUUUGUCACUGGCUGAUGAGUUAACCAUCUAUGUCGUUUCCGAUAAAUUAGUGCCAAUCAGCGAUUGCACAUUGAGUAUUAAUGUUUACAAAUGGGAUAUGAAUCUUCCUUUAUACACUAAGAAAUACCCUAACAUCGUUAUCAUGAAAAACAUGGCUCAAGCAGUGGUCACGCUUUGGUUUAGUAAUUUUUUACGAGAAGCAGGUUGCGGAACCUUAGCCGCAGUUAAAAAAAACUGCAUUGUAGAACUCUUACUGGAAGACCAAUAUCACAUGCAGAUAGCGCCGUACAACUACGUAUAUCCAAGUUCAUUUAUAAACAUUACUGUACCAAACACUGAAGUUCAGGUGUACGUCGAUCCAACGCCUAUUCCCGGAAAAUUAUCAAACUAUCUGGAUUACAGAGUCUCUCUGAGAUCCGAGAAAAUUGCUCUAUUCGUGUGGAUUGAUGUAAAACAAAUUUGCGGUCGAUUCUCGGAGAAUGGAUUCCACGUGUUACGUGGUGAGAAAAACAUCACUUUCCAUGCCAAAGAAGCCGUUACAGACGACCAACUCUCCAACGACAUUACGGUUGUCAGUCUGUCGCAGAUUUACAAAUUCAAAACAGGAUUUAUGUAGAAUCGAAUUAUGGGAAUAAAAUACAUUAUCUUGUGCAAAAUA